AUGUGUAAGAUCGCAUCUUCUCACAAUAGGAGUCUGUGUGUUUCCUUUUAGAACACUUGAGCCUCUUACGGCCCUGCCAUUUUAGAGAAUAGUCCUUAAUACUCACCUCCUACCUCCUCUUCUUUGGGAUUUUUCAUUGAAACUAUGGGAAGCAAGGCACCAACUUGGGCUGAUCAAUGGGGUAGGGGUGGCUAUGGCGAUGAACGUGAUGACGACACAACCAUGACCAACAAGAAAAGACUAGGAAACAGCAGCAGCAAGAUGGAAGAGGUGAAGGCAGUAGCUUCUGCAGGAUUCGACAAGGCGAAGGCAGCAGCGGUUGUUGGAGCCCAGAAGGUGAAGAGUGGAACUUCUGUGGGUGUAAAAUGGAUCAAGAACCAAUACCAGAAAAAACGCUCAUCUAAAUGAAUUGUCUGGACUUUUAUCGUUCCUCAUGGAAUCUAUGGGUUCUCUUGUUGAACUGUAUUGAUUUAGAAGAAUUGCCCUGUUCUAGUUUUAUGCAUACACAAAAACAUUUUAGCUUCAAUUGAUCUAAUCCCAG